AUGGUCGAUACGGGCUGCCCCAAACCCGAAGCCUAUUUAAAGCUGCUUUUAAAGGAAGAGUUACAGAAGCGAUUAUCAACCUCGUCAAAUAUCUCUCUACAAGGCGAAGAAGGUUUUUCGAUCGUCGAUGCGCGCUAUACGGACUACAAACGACCGCAGUACAUUGCCGCUGUCCAGGUUGCAGAGGAACAGGAUGUUGUAGAAGUGGUCAACUAUGCACGUUCGAGAGGCAUUAAGUUUGCUGCUCGGGCCGGAGGUCAUAGCCUCACCAGUUCGCUUCGCCGCAUCAAGAAUGCGAUCGUCAUUGAUAUGCGAGGACUCAACAGCAUCAAGUAUGACGAAGUGAAGCAGCAGAUGACCGUCGGGGGCGGAAUCACGACAGGCGAGUUUGCGAACGCAACAUACUCCCAUGGGAUGGAAGUCACUGUCGGUUCGUGUCCUUGCACCGGUGUUUUAGGUAUUUCGCUGGGCGCUGGAAUCGGCCGUCUUCAGGGCAAGUAUGGUUACCUGAACGAUAAUAUGGUCACUGCCCGCCUUCUCCUAGCAAAUGGCACCAUCAUUGAAGCCUCUCACGAAACGAACCAAGAUAUUUUCUGGGCCCUUCGCGGUGCUGGACACAACUUCGGCAUCGUGUUGGAGGCCACAUACCAAGUGUACCCGCAAUUGAAUGACGGCAAGCACUUCAGUGUGGACUUCGAAUUCACGCUGGACAAGGUAGAGGACGUCUUUGAGACGAUCAAUGCAAUUUCCGACCCCAUGCCUAGAGAGGUAGCUGUAUUCGUAAUAGGCCGGCGUCGAGGAGCUAACGGGGAGCCCACUAUUAAUAUCAAUUUGGUGUAUUCAGGCCCCGAGAAGGAAGCUGUCCCAUUCGUCAAGCUGUUCGAUGCGAUAUCGCCCAUUUGGAAGGACACCAAAAUUGCCACAUGGGACGCGUUACCAUGGGCCACUUACAACGGUCUCAACAACGUUCUCUGCACACCCGAGGGCUGGGCCCGAUUCCCCAUCAAGAAUUUCUAUGCCGCGAACGUCAAGUCGUACGACAUCGCAACCAUGCGUGCUUAUUUUGAGGCCUGGAGAGACAUGAACCAAAAGUAUAAUGGCGAAGCCGUCUUCAGUGUCAUGUUUGAAUCCUUCCCGCAGCAGCGUGUCCGUGAACUCCCUGAAGAUUCAACAGCAUAUCCGUGGCGUCACGGAGCGCAACACUUUCUUAUGAUUGAAGCAGCAUAUAAGAGCACAGUUGAAGAAGAAGUGAUUGAUGAGUGGCUAUCGACUCAGCAGGACAAGUUUAUCGAGACCUCUGGCUAUGGACGGUUGCAACAGUACGUCAACUACGGACAUGGAUCCAAAGACCCACCCGAAGCUCUAUAUGGUUAUGAACCGUGGAGGCUUGAGAAACUCAGAGGUCUCAAGCAAGAGCUCGACCCAGAAGGCUUGUUCAACGGAUAUCAGCCAUUCAUAGAAGAAGAUAAGCUAGAUAGUAUAUGA